AUGAGAAAGUCGCGUCAACAGAUGAAUAUUGACUCUAAGAUAUCCAAUCUUCUAGAGGAUGACGAUAGAAAAGAGACAUUGAGGAAUCUCCAGUCCUAUAUCAACACCCAUGGAAUAGACCAAUCGAAUCUCGAAGCGUUAUUCGAAUUGGUUUUCCAUUCAAAACUCUCAAACAAUGAGAAGAAGUUCAUCAUCAAGAAUCUCUUGAUCCCCAAUGGUUCUUAUAUCAUAGACUUCAAGAUUCUGUAUCAAAUCAUCAGUGCUGUAGGAUACCCACGGACUUAUUUCAAAGGAGGGAAGAAAGUCACCCAAAAGAAGCUUUCAAUGUCAACUCAACAGUUAUUAUUACAUUGGCUAGUGUCUUCUAUUCACUUGUUUGGGGAUAAGAUCUAUAAGAAACUUCACAAUUUGUUACCUGUGCUAUUCAAUUUGUUAUCAUUUGAGUUCCUGAGACCGUCAAUUGCCAAUUUGAUCUUUUUAACGGUGUUAAAUACCAAUAAAUCCAUUAGUUUUAAAGAUAAAUAUAACUUAGUGUUGAUUAAACAAUGGCAGAUUCAAUUGACGGUGGAUUUAGCUUUGAAAUUUCCCUUGGAUGAAUCUUUAAAGAACCUUCUAGUGCUUUUCAAAGAAGUCAUACCUUCAUUGGAUUAUAAAUUAUACACUAAGAAGAAUAUGAAUUUCGUCACUAAGAUUUCCAAACCUUUCAAAUACCCUGAUACCAACUUCUUAGCUAAACUUAGUGAAGUGAAUACGUCUAAUUCACAAUCCAAUGUUAUCAUCAACAAUAAUCUCAACCAGUAUAAUACCUUUGAUAGGAUGAUUAGAAAACGGAGAAAGAUCAAUAGUGAAGAGAUUCUGGAUAUAGAGAUUUUAAAUCCCGAUUCCAUAUCGAUAUAUGACUACAAUUCAUUGAUUACUUUGGUACUUGAUUUGAGUAAGAUUACGUACUUGAAUUACCAUAGUCUUUUGAACAAUUCUAUGAGAAAUUAUAAUAAUCGAUUCAGAGUCCAUUGUUUGGUAUUGAAAGCGUUGAUCGAUGAUGAGGAUCCGGUGGUGACGAAAUUCCAUAGUUUUGUUAACCAUAAAAUCGAACUUUUGAUGGCUACCGACACUUUACCGUUAGAACCAGUGUUUGAUAGAUUAUCUGAACUUCAACUCAUAUAUCCCGUUGAUUUAGGUCGCUUAAUGGCGUUUAGGACCAACAACCCUUCAGUUCACAUGUCCAUAUUGAAACUUAUGAGGAACAGUGGGUUUGACAGAUUGAACUUGAAUUUUGAUUUGACGUUGUUGAAGAAUUAUAAAACCGAUAAAAUCAAUGAGAAUUUGAUUAUUCGAUUUUUCCAUGAAUUUUCUGUGUACGUGAACCACGGUCAGUUUUCUGAUAAAUUUCCAUCGUUGGUUUCACUGGUGUUCAAGUUCUUCGAUGAAAAUAUUCAUUAUUUCACGGUGGCCAUAAAAUUAUCUUUCAUGAAGGUCUUGAAAUCCCUACAAUCGACGUCAGAAUCCGUUCAAGAUAAAAUCGGACAUAUCCUCCUUUCCAUUCCCAUGAUCAGUAAACUUCUCCUUACAUCCAAUCCCAUCAUUGUGUCAGAAACUUGUGGAUAUAUUUUAUUCCUUAAGAAAUUGAAUUACAAUAAACAACUUCAAAGUCAUCUUGUCAUGGAUACUUUGAACUUUAUAUGGAGAGAUAAAUCUUUCCAUUACAUAGAAGGUACUACCAACAAAGGAAUGUUGUUGAAUCCUAAACUUAUAGAUAAACUAUCCACCUUAAACACUUUUGGGUAUUCGAAUCUAACGAGAAUUUCUACCAUCGGGAACUUGUUUCAUAAUCCCGCAUGGUCCUUCAUCACAGCAGAAAUCAUAUGGAACUUAGAAGAUAAACAUCAUGUAUCUAAACGACAUCCAGGUCCUAUAACUGAUGAAUCAGUAGAAAAAAUAGAAGGAUGGAUUGAUUUGAACUAUGAACAAGUUAAACUCCAGGUUUUAAGAGAAUUGGAUAGAUUGGGAUACAAGGGAUUAGCUGAUUUGUUAUUUGGUUCUUUAAGAAGUUUAGAACGAACCAGACAAUCAAUUAUUGUAGAAUAA